AUGAUUGUUCGACCUUCCCGCUAUACUAACAUCGUUCUUUCCCUCAGCAAACAAGUUGAGCAGCUUCAAGACGUCGCAAUGAGUUCGAAUCACCCAGAAGGAACAGUCUAUUUGCUGUUUCUCACGACCGACAAUGAGAUUCUCGUUCCCCAAAACGGCAAACGCUUCUGGGAAAUACCUGUACCCCUACCCAAAACCUCGCACUGGUUGUUUCUCACGAAAAAGCCCCUAGAACGCCCGCCAGAUUUUGAGGUCUGUGAUAUCGUGCACCGGGAGGUGCGUAUGGUCGGAAAGGGGAAUCGCGUCGCGGUUUUCAGAAGGUGGAACUAUGCUCAGGAGGAAGGGGUCCAGUAUAAACCGCGAGACGUAAGUCGCAAACUGGAAAGCUUAGACAUCGAAGAUUAUCGAAUCAUCAUGUCUGCUCUGGACAAAUGGAUGGGUGGAAAUCUCGGGGAGAAAAUUGCUGUGAUCGACGGUUCCUUCGACGCCCUAUCGGAGCGUUCCGAAUUUACGGUGAAAUCUACCCUAAGGGGUUCUGAGGAGAAAUCCUCUCGACAACGGAGAACCCGAUCGGCGGUCGAGAAACCUAAGCGGAAGGAAGUCCUGAGACUCGCGCCCAAGUCUCUUGCAGUAAAUUUCCAUGGGGAUAUGCCCAUGGCUUCUGACACGCUGGACCACUUCACACUCGGCCAGACGCUUAGUCAUUCGAUGAUCGGAACUAGUGAGGUUGAAGAACAUGUCAUGAGUACUACUCAUUCAACCAGUUUCGAUAGAUCUUGGUACAUGCACAUGGCUCCGCGCGGUCAAGUCUAUGAAGGUUACUCGGUGGACGAAGCAGUUUGAAUCGUGAUGAAAGCAUGUUGUUCUACGAGCACUGUAAGAUGAUUUUGAACUUUCUCAGCUCUCAUGCUUGAGUAUGACGCAUCGAAGACAAGAG